UUUAUCCCUCGUGAACAGCUGUGCCUGGUAGUGAAUUUCUAACUUAAAUUUUCAAUUUCUCACAUGAAAUACCUUUGUCUAGAAUUGACAUUAUGAUACGAAGUUUGUUUGAUCAUACAUAGGAGUGGAAAGAGUUAAACUGGUGCAAACUUGCAGAAUUUAUGCACAUUUAAUGAGCCUAUUGUUCAUCAUCUGAGGUGAGGAGUGUGCCAUGGUAAUACAGUUGGUAUGUUCUGCUAGAAAUCCUAGGUAAUUGGAUUUGAUACCCGAUCGUUUUCUGCCGAUUUUGACAAGAGAGAUUUGUUAUUGUGAAAAACACCAAGUUAUACUGUGGUCCAAGGUCCACGUAAAAGAUAGCUAUCCUGUAACUGGCUUGGUAGGUCAGUUCAAAAAUCAUAGGAAGGCACGGUUACACCAUCUCAGAGAGGAUUACUCCUAUUAAAGCACUUUGGCAUUCAAACCAACAAUCGAUGAGGACAGCUUUCCUGUUUGGUGAACAAAAACGCAGUUCUUGAAUUUCAGUGUUUCUCUCUUUCUGAUUCUGUUUGCAGUUGCAGCUUAUGGGUUGAGGCGAUACAGAACACUCUUCAAAUUAUGCAUGGUACGAAGUACUUUCCAAACCCUCCGUGCAGGCACACUGAUAGAGGGGUCGUCCUGGGUACGACGUUAAACUGCCCCCCAACCCAAGGUGUGGUGCGACCCGUGCCGAGGGGUGCGUGGCACAGGGGAGCUGUGCCUCGAACGGGGCCUCUGGGAUACCGGGCGCCCUCCCAGAGUAUCCAGCCUAGCCCGGGCAAGCGGGGCUCUGUCCGGGUGGUCCACACUUUCCUCAGCUUCUCGUGGGAUCAUAGAGAAAAAAACUGAAAUUAGCUCCGAGCGAGCAGAUGCCGAAGAUUCCAGGGGACCUCUCUGUGAGGCGACCCGGGAUUCAGAACAGACUGAAUGCGAACUAGGCACCAGGGGACCUCGAGGUGAGGUGACCCCGGGCCUCGUAGGUGAUAAAGGUGCAGUUGCAGAGGGAGAUUCUUCUAAACUCGCAACAGGAGGGACCUCGGCUGCCGUACCUGGUGCUGGGGAAACCGACAAAUCCGAAAACAGCUCUGAAAGAGCAGUCCGGAGAAGGGACAACAGUGCUGCAGAGGGGGGGAGCUCGAACCUCGCAGAAAAAUCGGUGCCAGGUGUGUCUGCCAUAGAGACUGUAAAUAUGCCUUCGACAGAGAAGUCUGCGAAUGUUUCUGGGGAACGACACAUUACUGAGGUUGCGAAGAUGGAGAAAAUGGAAGUAUUGGGAGAUGAGAAUUCUGAGGGAAUGAAAGAACUGGAAGAGGAACAAGAGUGUGAGGCAACAUGGGAGAGAGUAGUACCCAAAACUGUACCAAAGGAAUGGAAACCAGAGGAAGACAUCCAAAGUCCUGAAAUAAGUUAUGGCAAUAUUAAAAAAUUAAAAAGUAAUGCUGACAAUGGGGAAGCACCUGUUCAGCAAAAACACAACUUGAAAGAAGUGGAGUCAGGUUAUAUUAUUAAUGCUGACAACUCUAUAACUGAAGAGGUCAACAAAAAUGGAACUGGAGAUUCGGAGGAAAGAGACACGUCUGAACUUUUUGUAGAAGAGGCAAUGGAUACAUCAGGACAAGCUGAGAAUUCUGGAGGGAUGGGAGAAGAACAGAAAGAGGAACAAAAUGGUGAGGUUCCUGAAGAGGAAGAUCAAUCUGACGCAUCUAUGAGGAUGGAAACUGAAGUGGCGGAAACAGAUGUCAGCCAAGAGCAACUCAAAAAGAAGCGUAUGUCAGGUGCACAGAAGCGAAAAAUGAGAAUAAUGGAAGCCUUGUUGGUAGGGGGGAGAGUGUUAUCUAAAGCUGAACGAAAGAAAUGGAAACUGGUAGAAGAAACCCAAAAGUCUGAAACAAGUAAUAAAGUUGCCAAAAACAAGAAAACUGUCACUGAUAGUAAGGGAGUAGAUAAAAAAUUGGAAAGUAACACCGAUGAAGUUAAGCAAAAACGCAAAUUGAAAGAAGCGAAUUUGGACGAUACCACAACUACCAGUGAAUCUGACACGAUGAGUCUGGCUGUCGUGCCCAAGGGCUUUCCAGACAUCAAGAUGACAGAGGAACAGGCAGAGAUGCUGGGAACUGCACUUGUGGAGAGGAUUAAUCCGUCAGACAAGGGAGAACCAAUCCAGUUUUCUGCCAUGCAGUACGAGAAUGGGGGCUUAGCAUUCACUUGCGCCAACAGGACGACUAAAGCGUGGCUAUGCAGUACUGUACCAAAGAUCGACCCGUGGCCGGGUGCCAAGUUGGAAGUCGCACAGGCGGAGACCACAUUGAAGGGUACCAAGUUUGUACUGUGGGUGAUAAAGGGGAUGAAUAAGAGAAGUAACCAGCAGAUUCUGGACUUUGUUCAGAAGCAAAAUGUAGACAUCUCCACUACCGAGUGGAAAAUCAUCAAGAGAGUAACAGAGACAGACAAAAGGAUACGGCUGACUCUUUGGGUUGAUGACAAAUCUUCUGAGGACUUGAAGGCACGCAAUUUCAAAGUAUUCCUCGGUAUAACUCGAGCUAGAUUCAUGCGGAUGUCAGAAUGGAAGAAGCUGAUGGAAAACGUCAGUUCAAAGAAGCAGGGUAAGGUGCAGCCUGCAGAACAGAAUCAGUCGCGACUGCCUGCGAAUUACGAACCACACCGACCUGUCGUAAAGAAGUCCUCAAUUAAAAAUUCUUCACAUACUCGGGUACCCAUUUCGGGUCCUAAUACUUUGCAUCAGUCUUGGGAACCUGAGCACACAGACCCAAAUCGAGUCUCAGAACAGACCCACGAUCGUGGUUUUGGCAGAUCAGAACGAUUACGAUCACGAGGAGGAGAUAGAACACAACACAAGGAGCCGAGAUACACCACGGAACAAACUGAGGAAGAAAGGUUCACAACUUCGGACCGUCGAGAGCCUCGUGCUUCAAGCAACAGAGACCUUCCUGCUUCGGGGAGUUGGGAGCGUCGUGCUUCGCGCAGUCGGGAGCGUCGUGCUUCGAGCAGUCGUUCGAGCAGUCGGGAGCGUCGUGCUUCGAGCAGUCGUUCGAGCAGUCGGGAGCGUCGUGCUUCGAGCAGUCGUUCGAGCAGUCGGGAGCGUCGUGCUUCGAGCAGUCGGGAGCGUCGUGCUUCGAGCAGUCGGGAGCGUCGUGCUUCGAGCAGUCGGGAGCGUCGUGGUUCUCGCUGUCGGGAGCAUCGUGGUUCUCGCUGUCGGAAACAUCGUGGUUCUCGCUGCCGGAAGCGUCGUGCUUCAGACCUCCGGGAUCGUCGUACUUCGGACCUCCGGGAGCUUCUGGCCUCGCUGCGCCGCAAGCGCGAGUAUCGGGCCUCGCUGCAUCCUGAGCGUGGAUAUCGGGCUUCAACACACCGGGAGCCUAGUGCUUCACCCCUUCGAGAGUUGAUAGAGACAGAUUACGGAAUCCCAGAUCCUCCGCAGAUAAGUGAGAUGAGGUAUACUGUUUCAGAUCUGGCAUCAUCUCACAGUUCAAGAUACUUCUCGUCGCACCAGGAUCAAUGUGAGAACCAAAGGUUCAUAGGCUCAGUUCUGUCACCGUCCUGUGUCUCUAGAAUCAGUGACCUGGAAAAGUCUCUGUUAUUGUCUGAUCUCGAAUCUACAGUCCUGACUUCACAACGGCCGCGUAAACGUGGGGUUAGCACUUCAGAACUGUCACAGUCACGAGAAGCUAGUUACAUUGUAUCAGACCGUGCACAGCGUAGGGAGCCUAUAUACACCUCAGAUGAAGCCGAAGAAGACGAGUACUUUACUGCAGAUCGCAGGCAGUCAUUUAAGACAUGUUACGAAGCCCCAGAUCCUCCUCUGAUUAGUGAGACGAGUUACACGGGUUCAGAUCGGACACAGUCUCGCGAUUCCAGGCACUUGUCUCCCAACCAGAAGAUGCCUAAGGACCGAAGGUCCAGAGGCUCAGGUAAAUCGUCACCCUGUCUCUCUAGAUUCGGCAAAUUGGAUGAGCCUGCUGCAGAAACUGUCUUACUACGGAGUGUCAUAUCUAGAUAUCUGGAUUCAGAGCAGCCCCACGAGCACGGGUCUGUCACAACAGAACUAUCACAUUUGCAAGAUGUCAGGUCUGCCAUAUCGGACCGAGCGCAGGAAAACAGGUACCUCACUUCGGACCUUCGACAGCGUCUCGAGACAGGUCCUAGGGCUCCAGAUCCCCCUCAGAUCCGUGGGUUGAGGUAUAAGGCUUCAGAUCUGGCACCAUCUCUUAAUUCCAAAUAUGUGACUCCAAACCGGGAUAAACCUGAGAGCCCAGCAUUCAGAGGUUCGGGUCGACCACUGUCCCGUGUCUUCAGAUUCGGUGACCUAGACGAAUCUCUUACAGAAUCUGCAAUAGAUGUCGAGUCUGAAUUCCUGCCUUCACAGCAGCUACCUGAGCGUGUGUUCAGCACACCGGGAAGGUCACAGUCGCGAAAAGCUAGUUACAUCAUAUCGGAUCUAGCACAGCGUAGGUAGCCUGUACGCACCUUGGAUCGAACACAGGAAAACGAGUACUUUACUUCAGGUCACAAACUGUCUUUUGAGACAGGUUACAGAUCCCCAGAUCCUCCUCAGCUUAGUGAGAUGAUGUAUACCGCUUCAGAUCGUGUGCUGUCUCUCGAUUCCAAAUCGUCAACUCCGAACCGAGAUGGGUCUCGUGGCUCCAGGUACGUGGCUCCAAAGCAGAAUCAGUCUGAUAACCCGAGGUUGAGAAGCACAAAUAAACUGUCGUCUCGUGUCUCUAGAUUCAGCAAAGUGUAGGAGCCUCCUACAGAAAUUUCCAUAGUACAGAAUGUCACGUCUACGUUCUCGGCUUCAGAACAGCCUCGUGAGCGUAGGUUCGUCACGUCGGAACAGUCACAGUUGCUUGACACUGGUUCCAUCGUAUCAGACCGAGCACAGAGAGGUUCGGAUCGACCUACACCGCGUGACUCCAGAUUCAGAAACUUCGACAAGCUGGCUUUCCAGGAACUGAAGUUAAGAGGUUCAGAUCACAUUCAGGCCAGAAAAGGUAGAUUUAUGGAAUGAGGUGCUCUGUACUCUCUCGAAUCUGGAUCCAAAUUGUCAGAUCCCCAGAAGUUCAGAGAACUUGAUAAAACAGUUUUUGGCGUGCCACGUUACAGAAAAACCAGAUUUUCAGGUCCAGAUUUUUCAUCCGAGCAGUAGAGGUUAUCUUACACAUGCAGAUAGUGGCUUUAGUUUGCAGUAUCUAACAUUCCAAAUUGUGGGGGCCGUUUGUUGAAUAAUAUUAAAAUCAUUUUAGUGUUAAGUUAUAUGCACUGUCUAGCACUGGGCUUACACGUAAAUUUUCAUGAGCAUCAAAUUUACCUAUGCUCUAAAAUUGUUAGAAAUGAACUUUGAAUUCAAUUUGGAAUUGUUUUGUUUCACAUGAGUUCCUGUUGGUGAGUUACUUAUGCACAGGCCUGUCCAUUUGUUUGCUGUUAAUUGCAAAUGCCUUUAAACAGGUUAAUGACAUGUUUUAUGCUAUAUUCAUCAGAAACAUUUGUAUGUGUAACUCAUUUUGUUGCCGGUUUGUGUAGUUUAAAGAAAGGAGUAAAUUUAAGGAAGUAUGUUACAUUUUGUACACACUGAGUGAGAAGAGUGACAUAUGGUCACCACCACCGUCGUCGUCAUUGUCAACCUUUAAUAUUGAGUUCGAUGUUAAGAUCUUUUUUUUUUUUUUUAAAGAAAAUAGCUUAGACUGACUGUGGUUACAAGACGUUUGUGUAUGUAUUUUCUUCGUGUGAACAUUUUUGUCGUUCAAAAAUAUGUACUUUGCAAUUUUUUAUGUCACAUUAAAUUACGAAAGAAGUGUUUAUGAAUAAAUAACAAAUGUCAAAUAAAAAA